AUGCUUUAUUCUUUAACAUAUUCUUUGGAGCAAACAAAUGCUUUACUUUCAGUAACAACGGCAUGGUUAUUUAAUAAAUUGUGGAUAAAUCAAAAAUUAUGUACAAGUAGUCAAUCAAUGCAAGGCAAAACUGUUCUUAUUACUGGUGGCAAUAGUGGUAUUGGUUAUGAAACUGCCAAAGAUCUUCUUCGACGAGGUGCACGUGUUAUUAUUGCCUGUCGUAAUAUGGAUAAAGGUCGCCAAGCUGUUCAAAAAUUAUAUUCAGAAACUAAAUGUCAAGAAAAUAAUCUUCGAUUAAUGAAAUGUGAUUUAUGUUCAUUCGAAUCUAUUCGUAAAUUUGCUAAUUUAUAUAAUAAUGAAGAAGAACGACUUGAUGUAUUAAUGUGUAAUGCUGGUCUUAGUUGGUCACCAUAUUUCAUUACAAAAGAUGGGUUUAAUUCUGUUAUGCAAGCAAAUUAUCUUGGUCAUUUUUUAUUAACAAAUCUUCUACGAGAUACAUUAAGACAAUCUCGUCCAAGUCGAAUUGUUAAUGUUUCAUCACGUGCACAUAGAACGGAGGGUAUUAAUACAUUUUCGUUAUGUCCCGGCUGGGUGUGGACAUCGUUUCAAUCACCUAUGCGAGAAGCUAUUGGACUUUAUAAAUUUCUUGUUCUCUAUCCAAUAAUAUGUUUAUGUAGAUCUGUUUUUACUAAAACACCUGAAAUAGGUGCACAAACAGUUAUUUACGGUGCAGUUGAACCUUCAAUUCAACGUUCAACAGACAUCUUUUUUGAGUAUGUAUUUUUCAUUCAAGCAUACAGACAACACUAAUAUUUUCAUUGUAGAAAUGGUGCAGCUUCUAAAGCAACGGCCUUAUGCACAGAUAGUAACAACGCUGAUCAAUUAUGGAAAUUGAGUGCUGAUGCAGUGAGAUUGAACUAAUUUAUUCUAUUUUUCUUGUAUUAGUACACGACGAAAAUAUUAUCUUGAUUAGUAAAAGAAAUCUAUCAUUGCUAUACACUUGAUUAUUUGCACAUACACAUUCAAGUGAAGUUAGUUUUGUUCAUGAAAUCAAAAUUAUAUUGAAUUUAAUAAAUAAAAUUCAAAUGCAUAAAAUAUUCUUUAUGUUAGCACUUGUAUUUUAACUCAUGGUUGUAUUGAUUGGUAUAAUAGAUAUGUCAUGCAUGGCAAUGAUACAUAUCCUUGCAAUUGUAGAAUGUAUUAAUAGUGAUAUUUAUGAAAAUCUCUUUGGUAAUUGUUUCUUGUUUUUGAAACAAAAACAACUAGCCCAACCUAUUCUUCAGAAUAUGUCUUUUAACCAGGAAAUUCAGUGAAAUGGAAUUGUAUAAUGAUAAAAUACUGGGUACCGAUACUAGCUUUGCUUUAGUAUUAUUAACAAAGGCGAAGUCAUGAUAAUGCUCUUGAAGGCUAUACGAAAAUCAAAAUUUCAUAUUGAUUCGAUGUUGUUUUGAUUAGAAACAUUUUCAAAGACUUCUGUACAUUUGAAAAUAGGUUAGACUCGAAGAAUUUAAUCAAAACAUCGUUUUGAAUAUGAGAUUAAGUAUCAUUGUUCGAUUGAACUAUAAAGCUUACUCAUAUUCACAUCUCGCAUCAUACCCAG